AUUCACAGUACCCAUAUAAGGCCCUGUCCCAAUAUCCGCACUUGCGCCCUUGUGCCCCUCAAUGCGCGUUCUCGCUAAGGGGUGCAAGACCGUAGGGUGUCCCAAUCCUCUAAUAGUGUUCUCCAGGGGUGAUCAAAAGGGCACUUAAUGCACCCUUUUCGUAAGUGCGCAUCAGACCUCACUUUGCUAUAGGAUAUUACCCAGAAUCCUUGUAGGGGAGAAAGGUUGCUAUGGUGCUGUUCGGGAGCGGAAACUCCGAAGAUAAAGGAUGCCGGUGUGAUGAGGAAACUUCCUCUUCCUCCUUUCUUUGUGAAGUCAGAUAAUCUCGUGUUUCACCAUAAGCCGUGUUUCAGCGAGAGCCAGAACACAGCCGGACUGCAGUCAGGAUCGACUCCUCCUCUGUUCUGCUGGAUUACUCCUGACAUGAUGCUCAUCUUUGGACUGAUGCUUUUGCUGGAAACUGCUGCAUGUGUGGAGUUUAACUGCAGUUUUAAUCAGUCUGGUCCCUGUAACGCUGUUCUCGGAGACGAACUCAGACUGAAGAUGGUGGACUCUAGUAAAAAUGACCUGAGGAUACACAAGAGAAUCUACAACACACCAGAUGAUCCAUUUUGUAAAAUAAAGAAUGACAGGAUAAAAAAGGAAUGUGAUCUCUUUAAAAACAGACCUGUGUCAGUCAGUAAUGGGAUUCUGGUAAUAAACUCUGUGAUCAGAGCAGAUUCAGGGAUUUACAGUUUACAAGUCUUUAACUCAUUAGGCGAAGGAAAACCUAAAGCAGAUCUUCAAGUGAUUGUUGAAGGUACUAACGAUCCUGCAACCAUUGCCAUCGUUCUGGGAUGUCUUGCUGUAGUUCUUAUACUUCUGGUCAUCGUGGCUUAUUACUUUUACAAGAAGAAGAAUCAGCUCAAACCCACACGAAAUGUCGAAUAUGCCACCGUCAGCUCUCAGAACAAGAUGAAGAUGAAGGAAGAAGAGAUUCAUUAUGGAGAAGUGACGUUCAUGAGCUCCAGCGUUCAGCGGCCGCGUCAGACGCAUGACGAUUGUGUGUAUUCUGAGGUUCACACACGCUAGUGUGAUUGAAACAACCACAAAACCCACAGACUGCGAGUGUGUAAACACAACGGACGGCCCAGUUACGAGCGGACUAUGAUGCGAUGCUCCGGUGAUUGAGUGUCUGAUGCGUCCAGAGCAGAACCGGACAAACCCUGAGUGAUGUGAACAAUAAAUAAUCAUCUGUUCUUUAUACAUUGUUUAGUUUUUUUGUCAAACAAUGCAAUUAAAACACAUCUGUUUUUUCUGUA